UCAUGUGGGUGGAAACACAGUAGUGGAGUAUCCGCUGUGCUGCAAGAAGGAAACACACUUCUGGGAAGAUGCACGCAGAGGAGGACGGCAGAGACGCAGACUCCUGCAGCACCAAGUCUGUGGACGCGUCCGAGGUGGAGGGAGCCAAGGAGCCGGCCUCCAAGCUGUGCGGGUACCUGAGCAAGCUGUCCGGCAAGGGCCCUCUGAGGGGCUACAAGACGAGGUGGUUGGUGUACGACCCGAGGAAGUGUUACUUGUAUUACUUCAAGACUCCCCAGGAUGCUUUGCCACUCGGGCACAUCGAGAUCGGCGAUGCGGGCUUCAGCUACGACGUGGAGGGGGAAGAGGGCCAGUUUGAGAUCCGCACCGCCGGGAAGGAGUUUCUCCUGAAGGCCCCCAGUAGGCAGGUGAUGCAUUUCUGGCUCCAGCAGUUACAGCAGAAACGUUGGGAGUACAGCAACACACGAGGCUCCGGUCAGAGAGACAGCUGGAGCUCCCCGACUCUGGCCUACCCUCCAACGGGCCUCGUAGGCAAAGACAAUGAUGCACCUGUCUUCGAGAAGCUUAGUGACAGCAUGGAGAAGGUCCGCAGCGACUUUGCCAUGGAGACAGAUAGCGAUGGCGGGGGCAUGGUGGGUAUCCAGUCAGCCAGAGGACCUUCUGCUGCGUCCACCAACCCCCUCAACUUCUCCCUCAAAAACUUCGGUACAGAACUCAGGAACUCCAUGUCUCAUUUGCGGCAGAGCAGAGGAGGUGAGAGCAGACGCAGUUUGUUUUAUACAAACAGCAACAGCAGCGCAGAGGAGUGGGAGCUGGUGGAUGCUCCGACUAAGGACUUCCCUGAACAGAAACAUCUUCCAGACAACACACACAGACAUUCCUUUGGGUCAGCGUUUGCUUUCGACUUUGUGCGCAACUCAUCGCGGAGUAGGAAGCCUUUGCUUCGAGACAUGAUGGGCUCUGGGAGGUUUGGGCGCAACGCUGAGACACGCAGUGCCGAGAGCUCCCCGGUGGAGUAUAACGGCAACAAACCUUUGGAGAUGCAGCUUCGCCUCCAGAGCCAACAGGAAGAACUAAGCCGCAUGCAGCAGGAACAGGCCAAACUCAGAGAAGAGCUGGCCAGUCAGAAGGAGUUGGUGAGACUUUUGCAGCAGACUCUGAGAACCUCCCAGUGCGAUAGGCAGCCAGUGCGACGUCAAGCCCCCGUUCAAGAUUCAUCCACACCUUCAGACCAGACUCAAGGUUCUGCAGAAACCCAGCAAGAGACCGGCCAGUUGGAGGCUCUGCUUGAGGAUAGAGAUGGACAGAUCAAGGACUUGUGUGGCCACAUGGAGCGUCUCGCCUUGGAGAAGGAGAGUCUGCAACAAGAGCUCAAGGGCCUGAAGAUAAAGGUGGGGGAGAUAAACGACCAACUGGGGAUGCUGAUGGAGACCAUCCAGGCCAAGGAUGAAGUCAUCAUCAAGCUGUCCCAGGAGAGUUCAGAGCAGAGCGUCACUUCAAACGACGGCUCACCACCACCCAACAAAGAUCAGCAGGAGGUGGACAUCCUCAAGGACAGUCUUCAAGGCUACAAAUCCCAGAACAAGUUCCUGAACAAAGAGAUCCUGGAGCUGACAGUAUUACGCAGAAACGCAGAGAGUAGGGAAAAGACUUUAGAAGCAAAGUAUACGGCCCUGGAGGCUAAGCUGUGUCAGGUGGAGAGUAAGUAUCUGGUGCUGCUUCAAGAAGUGAAGAACCCCGUGUGUUCGUCUUCCGAGCAGAGCCCGGCCCGAGAAGUCAUCUCCCGAUUAUUAGAGGAUGCGCUGCAGGCAGAGAGCUCCGACCAGCAAGAUCACCCCAUCUUUAAACCAAAUAUCGUCAGUGAGUAUGACACGUUUGGCUUCAAGACUGUCCCUGAGGAGGAGGAAGAGGAGGAGAGGCUGGACGCGAAGGUGAGAGCUCUGGAGCUGAAGUCCCUAUCCAUGACGGAUCAACAGGUGUCCGUCGGGGUGAAAUGGGAGAACUAUCUGGCCACCACCAUGAACCGAGACCUGGUGCGCUCCCCUGAGCUCAAGGCCCUGUUUCGCAGCGGCGUGCCCCACGAGCACCGGUCCCAGGUGUGGCGCUGGUGUGUCUCCUUCCACGUCAAGAAGUUUCGUGAUCACUUGGCACCUGACUACUAUGAGACCUUACUGAAUGUUGCAAGGGACAAGCCCAACCCGGCCUCAAAGCAGAUCGAGCUGGAUUUGCUGCGUACUUUGCCCAACAACAAGCACUAUUCCUCACCGAGUGCAGGCGGCAUCCAGAAACUCAGGAACGUCCUGAUGGCUUUCUCCUGGAGGAAUCCAGAUAUCGGCUACUGUCAGGGGCUAAACAGGCUGGCAGCUAUCGCCUUGCUCUAUCUGGACCAAGAGGACGCCUUCUGGAGCCUUAUAGCCAUUGUGGAGGUCUUCAUGCCGAGAGACUAUUACACCAAGACUCUGAUGGGCUCACAGGUUGACCAGCGUGUGUUCAAGGACCUGAUGAGCGAGAAGCUCCCUCGGCUUCAUGCCCACUUUGAGCAGUACAAGGUGGACUUCUCCCUCAUCACUUUCAACUGGUUCUUGGUGGUGUUUGUGGACAGUUUGGUGAGCGACAUCCUCUUCAAGAUCUGGGAUGCCUUUCUAUAUGAAGGUCCUAAGAUCAUAUUUCGCUUCGCCCUCGCUCUCUUCAAGUACAAAGAGGAAGAGUUCCUGAAGCUGCAGGACUCCACAGCCAUCUUUAAAUAUCUUAGAUACUUUACACGCACAAUUCUGGAUUCAAGGAAGCUGAUGAACUUCGCCUUCGUGGACAUGAACCCUUUCCCCAUGCGACAAAUUCAGAACCGCCGCUCCUUCCAUCUGGAGAAAGUCCGUCUUGAGCUGACCGAGCUGGAGGCGAUCAGACAGACCUUCCUCAGGGAGAGAGAGACGAGUCAGGACAGACGGAGCUUCGUCAGCGACGAUGAGGAGGAUAACUGACAAUAAGGUCGUUGCUGGAGUAUGAACACAAAAAGAUCAUCUCCAUAUGCCGGUCGUGUGUCGCAGUUGGAAAGGGAUUGUUCCUAAAAGAUUGUUGGAGACAGAGUCCGUAUCAGAGCCGGAUCAAUCAACUUUCUAUACAUUUUGAGUGAAAUCGCAUCAAAGGACCAAAACAUUACAGGCCAAAUGGGCUUUCUAUCAGUGUUCCUGCCAUUCAAAUGCUUUAUUUGUGGUAUGCUUGUGUGUAUAUGCCUUAUGCACAGCUCUUAAACCUUCAAUGCCAAGCUACACUCUUACAGUCCGAAUCAGUAUUUUAAAAACAUGGCUGUGAUCUUUUCAUAAUUGGUGAUUUUAUGCCUUUUGAAGGAAUGAUUUUGUUUUUUUCUCUCCCCCUUGUCCCUUUCAUACAUGUCUUAAAAUUGUUUACCUAAAUCAUUUUUUAUAUUUACCACAUUACCACUUAAUGACACAUCUUUUGUGUUUGAUCCAUGUGUCUCUUGAUGCACUUGAAUCACUUUUGCUGAAAUUCAAAUUUUGCUGCCACUUAAAAUGUAUAUCUUUGAGCCUUCUGAUCACUAAGCUCACAUUAACAGCAUGUGGAACAUUUUGAGAACUACUAUGCUUGUCUAUCUUUUCUCAGGAUUCAGAUCAAAUAUCUAGAUAUGCUCCAAUUAAGCAAUCAUACUAACAGAACAGCCAUUCCAGGUUAUAGUCCAUGUUUGAGAGAUUGUAUUUUCAAGGAGUAUCACUCUUAAUAUGUUAUUUUAUACUUAAGGGAAAUUGAAUUACUUAUGUUUUGCACCUACAUGUGUACUUAAACUGAAGGCAACAUUGUGUGACUGGGUUUAGUUAGGAGAAUAUUUGGAUUGGCAUUGACUUCAACAACUAUAUCAGUGUAUCCCUACAAAUAACCUGAUUAUCUGGCUAUUUUAUUAUAAGUAUUCUAAAAUCUUUGUAUUAAGAUUAAUUUCCCUUGCCUUGUUUUAGAAAUGUUCUUGAUUUUUUUUCCAAACAUUAGUUGGGGUUGUUAUGUGCUAAUAGGAUUUAAUUUCCUCUGACUAAAACCUAUUUUGCAAGGUAUGCAGUACAUUAUGCUGGAAUUACCUUUCAGAUGUAUUUGCAUUCAUUGUCCUCAGUGUGGCAGUAUAACAUCUCUCUGCCCGGUGUUUACACUAGUUCACAUGUACCCUCCACACAGAAUGAUAUUAGAGUUCAUUAUACGGUAUUGAUAAAAUGGCUGUGAAGGCAGUCUGUCACCAUGAUUGUUGAAAGAAAAUAGAAAUAUGGUUCGUAAUCUAUGAGGGAAGUGUUUCAAGAGUGUCGCAACAUCUUUCCGUCUUCCACAUCCAGGUACUUACAGAAGACAGUUCACUCUUUAGCAAUUUUACCAUAUUGUCUAUUAUACUUGUUUUACAUUUUAAUGUUGAACAGACCAGUGGGAAACAGUUGCUUGCUUAGAACGAAACCAGGUUUAUAUUUGGUUAAACAACAGUGUACGACUUUUACUGUUGGGAAUCUACAAAAAAGGAAGCAGUUUUUCUCACAUAGCCCCUUCUCCCCUUCGCUGAUAUAUUGUUUACAGUUUGUUAUAACUUUAUUUCCUUUAUUUUUAUAUUACUUGACUCUACUUGCUGUUUACAGAUUUUUCUUUGCUGUUAGUUGCAUAAUUGACUACCUUUUCUCUCUUAUGGUAUUGUCAGCCUUAGCACCAUGCCUAUCUUUUUUUGUUGGCCCACCUGAACUUGUGAACAAAUUACAGAAUUGUGGUUGUUUUAAUGAUGGAAAUGUGAAUGAAAAAAUACUUGUAGAAGAAGAGAUUCAAUUUGUUUGUCUUCAUGAGAGCAGGUCUUUCAUGAUACUCAACUUAGAUCAGUUUAGGAUGGAAAGCUGUUUGAGAUCCAGUAAUUGUUGUGAAAGGGUAAUAUUUGUCAAUAUUUUUAUUAUUAUCUGUUCUAAGCAUGGUUUGCAUGCAUUUUUUUUGUUUUCUGUCAGUUUCAUAGUCACAUGGAAUAAGCUAUGUUUAAUAUUACCACCUAUUCUUUAAUUUCUCUCUUUCUUUUGCUUUUCCCAGCAAUGUAUUGCACACGUGUAAGGACAAGACAAAUUCAGAAUAAUAUAGGGCACUUCACUUUUUUGUAUGUAAAUCUUUACGGUAUCUUGUUCAUUGUUAAUCUGUAUCAUUCAAUGAAAAGCCUUUAUGUUACAGAAUUAAGUAUACGCCACUGUAUGUUUUUGUAAAACCAGUCAAAAGACAAAUUCAAUAAACAAAAGCUGACUGCGUGUG